CAGUCGGUAAAUGGACGUUUGAUGUGGUGUUUGUCAAGAUUGUGCUAUUGUGUGUUUACAGUGAUUUUUAUCCCGUUACUAUAAUCUGGAUUGAAGUUAACGCUUUUAAGGAGUAGAUGAAGGUGACAGAAUGUCUCGCAACAAAGACAAGCACGAGGGCGCAAGCGGGCGCACAUAUCACAUUAUGUCGGACGCGGAGCGGGCAUCUGGCAGGCGAGGAGGCUGGACAACGCUGGAGAUAACAGGAGGUGUGCGCGCGCUCGCGCCUCCACUGUUUCAACUGACGCAUCUGACAGCGUUGUACCUGAACGACAACUCGCUGCAGAGGAUCCCGCCCGACAUCAACCAGUUGGUCAACUUACACACGCUCGAUAUGUCCAACAAUAAGCUGCGCACACUGCCCUCCGAGCUGGGAGAUCUGAUACAACUUAGAGAAUUACACCUACACAACAAUUACCUGAGGGUACUACCCUACGACCUCGGCAAACUGUUUCACCUGCAACUCCUCGGCCUACAGGGCAACCCGCUCAGCAAAGAAAUGCUCUCCAUAUACAACGACAACAAUGGCACAUCUAAGCUGCUGACGUAUCUCCUCGACAAUAUGCAAGGUACGGCAUACAUUUCGCCGAAUGUUACUGCCACGUUACCACCACAGAGGCCUUGGAUUCCCUUGACGCGACCGAAUAGGAGUCGUCCGACCUGUAUAUUCACCGUGAUGUGCUACAACGUGUUGUGCGACAAAUACGCGACCAGACAGAUGUACGGCUACUGCCCAAGCUGGGCGUUAGAAUGGGACUAUCGGAAAAAGGGCAUCCUCGACGAAAUCAGACAUUAUUCAGCGGACAUCAUUAGCUUACAGGAAGUAGAAACAGAUCAAUUCUAUGCUUUUUUUCUGCCGGAACUAAAACAGGAUGGCUAUGACGGUAUAUUCUCGCCCAAAUCCCGCGCAAAGACAAUGUCUGAAUCGGAACGGAAGUAUGUCGAUGGGUGCGCGAUAUUUUUCAGAUCUGCCAAAUUUUCACUAGUAAAGGAGCACCUUAUCGAAUUUAAUCAAUUAGCAAUGGCAAACAGUGAAGGGUCGGACAAUAUGUUAAAUCGAGUGAUGCCGAAGGACAACAUUGGUUUAGCCGCAUUAUUAAAAACAAAAGAGGCAGCAUGGGAGAACGCGUUUAAUGACAUUUCAGGAAUACCGACCGACACGUCAACGCUAGCACAACCAAUAUUAGUAUGCACGGCACACAUACACUGGGACCCAGAGUUCUGUGACGUGAAGCUGAUCCAAACCAUGAUGCUAAGUAACGAAUUGCGGUCGAUAUUGGACGACUCCGCUCGGACGCUGCGUAUGACGGGACAGAAGGACAAUGUGCAGUUGUUGUUGUGUGGGGAUUUCAACUCACUGCCAGAUAGCGGUGUAAUCGAGUUCUUAUCUUCGGGGCGGGUGUCGGCCGAACACCGCGACUUCAAGGCGCUGGGCUACGCGGGCUCGCUGCGCCGCAUGCCGGGCUCGGAGCACGAGUUCACGCACAACUUCAAGCUCGCCUCCGCCUACAGCGAGGACAUCAUGCCUUACACCAACUACACAUUCGACUUCAAGGGCAUCAUCGACUACAUCUUCUACAGCAAGCAGUCGAUGACGCCGCUGGGGCUGCUGGGCCCGCUGUCGCAGGACUGGUUCCGCGAGCACAAGGUCGUGGGCUGUCCACACCCGCACAUACCUUCAGAUCACUUCCCGCUGCUAGUAGAAUUGGAGAUGUGCCCCAGCUCAAGCAGCAAUAGCAACGGCCUCAUCGGACGCAGGUAGCACGUGCAGCGCGCGCGACACAAGCGACACCCGACGCCGACACACCCGACACCACAUCCGACACCACACCCGACACACCAACACCAGCCGACACACAAACACGCCGACACGUGAGGGUGACGCCUACCAACUUUUAACUGACUAUUAACGGGUGACUUGUGUUAUUUGGGAGGGUGCGUUUCUUAGACACCUAUAAGAAAUUAUGCAUACUUAACUGAACCAAUUUUUUUACUCAUUAAUUGGACUGCCCUUGUUUGCACAACAUUUUAUGAAACAAAAAUAGUAUAAUUAAUUUAUUGACAUAACUCAGAUUAUUGUGCGUGUUUGUUAUGGAAUAUGGAUUAAUUUGUAAGACAUCUUACAUGUUUUUGGGAAUUUUAGCAUAACUAACAAAUUGCAAGAAUCUAUACAAAUGCGCUCUUUAAAGUAGAUUUUACAGCCUCAAAUUCUACUAACGUCAUCAUUUGAUAUGCACUAAAAGUUGGUAGUUGUUAUACGUCAUUCUAAACGCAAAUAACUA